CCUAUUUAUUGAUGGUAUUUAGGUCACAGUUGAGAGGCAUACAUUUGGCUGCAGAAUGGCUUCGAUCGAGGUUUUGGUUACGCUGUUGGUCGUGUCCUUUUUACACGAAGGGCAGGCAGCCACAGCGCAGGUGACAAAGACCGUCUUCUUUGACAUUGAAAUAGGAGGGGAAAAAGCUGGAAGAAUAGAGAUUGGAUUGUUUGGAGAUGUUGUUCCAAAAACUGUGGAAAACUUUGUGCAGCUGGCAACAGGACAAAAUGGCUAUGGCUACAAAGGAAGCUUAUUCCAUCGUGUUAUCUCAGAUUUUAUGAUCCAAGGUGGAGAUUUUGAGAGGGGGGACGGAACAGGAGGCAAGAGUAUUUAUGGUGACAAUUUCCCUGAUGAGAACUUUGAGCUGGAGCAUUUAGGGCCAGGGUUUGUUAGUAUGGCCAAUGCAGGGAAAGAUACCAAUGGAUCUCAGUUCUUUAUUACGUGUAUUAAAACUGACUGGCUAGAUGGCCGCCAUGUUGUUUUUGGUGCAGUGACCAAAGGCAUGGAUGUGGUACGCAGGAUUGAGAAAACAGCCACGGAUCGUUAUGAUAAACCCAAGAAAGAUUGCGUCAUUGUUGACAGUGGGUUGACAGAUACAGACCCAGAAGUGAUGAAAAAAGAGAUGAAAGACCUUGUCCUUGAAGAACACUAGACUACUCCCCACACCUGCCUUGGACACCUACACUACAGAGGAAUGGCUUUGUGAGGGUAAUGCUAAGUUGAUGUCUUCUGGUUGGGAAAUGUUACAUUUGAUGCUGGUUUGAAAUGAAAGACCAUGUGAUUUAUGAAAUAGAGACAGUCUCAGACUGAAAUAUUAUAAUUAAAGUGGUACCAAAUCCCUUGAAGGCAGUUUUUGUAAGAUUUAAAGAAUAUCCAUGAACAGAUUUUGAUGACCAAACGUAGAGUUAGAUGCUUUAUAUACUUUAUAUCCACUACUGUAAAACAAAAGAAAGCCACGACUACUUUAUAUACUUUAUACUCACUACUGUAAAACAAAAGAAAGCCACGACUACUUUAUAUACUUUAUAUCCACUACUGUAAAACAAAAGAAAGCCAUGACUACUUUAUAUACUUUAUAUCCACUACUGUAAAACAAAAGAAAGCCAUGACUACUUUAUAUACUUUAUACCCACUAAUGUAAAACAAAAGAAAGCCACGACUACUUUAUAUACUUUAUACCCACUACUGUAAAACAAAAGAAAGCCAUGACUACUUUAUAUACUUUAUACCCACUACUGUAAAACAAAAGAAAGCCAUGACUACUUUAUAUACUUUAUACCCACUACUGUAAAACAAAAGAAAUCCACAACUACUUUAUACUCAUUAUUGUCAGUUGCAUGUCUGGUCUGUUCAGUGCCAGUGAUGCCACUGACUGGAGACUGGUGCUGAUGCAGUGGAGAGUUUACCUUUUUCUACUAAUUUCAAAUAUUUUCUUAAUGUCCUCUUUACACUUUGCUAAUACCUUUAGAAGUUUCAUAAGUCAAUGCUGACAUGCCCAUUAAUAGAAGUCAUUCAGCUAUUUUUAGAUUUUCAAAUUUUAAAUUGAAUUACAAGAUCUUAACAAAAGUGAUUUGUGCCAAAAUAAUGAUCAUGUUUCAUCUCCAGCUGUUGUGUAAGGUAUUCAGUUUCAGUGGUCCUCCAACAAGAUCUGAUGUUGUUUUUUUUUUGGUAUUAUGGAUGAAUUUGUUUUUGGCUGUACAUAUGUAUAUAACUACUGUUCUGCAUGGUUUGGAGUAUCACAAGAAAUAUGAUGUCAGUAGUGUGAUGUAACACAGUGAAGUAAUUGUAAUAAGAGAAUGGUCUAUUAUUUUAUUUUAUUAACUGGAUCAUUGCAGAUGUUUGUGAAAAUAACAACGCAAAUUUCUUUUGAUCUUAUGACAGUGCAGAAACGAAUUCCGUGACUAAAAUAAAAACUUUGAAAUGUGAA